GAGCCAUAUGUGAAGGAGCAUCUUCAUCAUAAGGGAGGCUGAGUGCGAAAUGGCUAGCAGAGGAGGAAGAAGAAGAAUGGCCGACCGGAGGAGUGGAGGCGAGUUCAUAGCUCCGGCCCUGACCCCGCCUCCGAGUCCGUCGUCGAGUGGUGGAUUGCCUUUGCGCGUUUGCCGCUUCUGCCAAGGCACCAACGACCAGAUGUGUAUGGUGGCGCCAUGUCACUGCAAAGGAGAGCUCGCCUACGCCCACGCCAACUGCCUUACAAUCCAGGUCUACCAGCACAAUUUGUAUUUCUGUCCAGUUUGUCGUUACGACUACGUGAUCCGCUGGGAGCAACAAAAGUCAUUCCGGGAGUGGCUGCUGAGUGACGAGACAUCAGACCAACAGCGGCGGCUGCUCUUUAGCGUGGCGUUCGCUAUCUCGAUGGCUGUGGUGCUGGUUCUGGCUUGGCUGCAGGCGGCUCGCGCACUGGCCGGCUUGCCGCGCUUCAACGCCUUCGUGGCCGCCAUCUUCCUCAUGAUGCACACGGCCUCCUGGAUCGGAUACGCAUCCUACAACUUCUGGCUAUAUUUCCAGGCUUACCUCACGUGGAAGUCCCUUCCCGUCUCGAGAGCUGGCACACCUGCCCGUUGAUGUUGCAGCUGGGCGUUCUGCAUAUCCUCGCACAACGGCGCACAGCUUGUGCAGCCGCGCAUAAAGAAGUUUCGCGGCGCUUUUUUUUUUAUCCCGGUCAGCUAUGUCGAGCAUUUUUCAACGCUAUAAAAAUAAAUAUUCGUGUAAAACGUUAACCGAAAGAUUGAUAUUGUCUUGUCUGUGUCAUACACACUGUUUCUUUAAAGGGCCCCUAAACCAGUAAUAGCUGAAAGACGAGAGGGUGGUUUUCUUCUCGCCUAUUACUGCCCUUCCUACGGGCGCUA